AUGGCUAGCACUGGUCUCUACGUCGCCGUUGCUGGCGCCGUCGCUGUCAUCUUCCUGAGCUGGGGCCUCCCUAUCUUCCUGGCCGAGUACUUCCCCUGGCAGAGUCUCUACAAGCAGCGACACGGAAAGCCCACCGUCGUCACCAAGUCCUACAAAGGCAGAACUGCCCUGAUCACCGGUGCCAAUGGCGCCUUUGGCUCCAGAGUUGCCAAAAACUUUGCCCAUCGCGAGGUGGGCACUCUUGUUCUAGCCGAUGUGAGGGAUUGCGGGGGCGUCAAGGCGGAAAUCGAGGCAGAGCUCAAGGAGCAGGGGAAGCCUAUCCCCAAGAUUCUCGUUUGGCAGAUCGACCUGAUGACCUUUGCCGGGUGCCAAGAGCUAGGAAAGAAGGCAAAGACGCUCGAGAGUCUGGACCAUGCUCUCAUGACCGCUGGAAUCCUCACCUGGGAUCGCAGGGUAUCACCCGAGGGCUGGGAAAGCUCCAUCCAGGUCAACUUUCUCUCCAGCGCGCUCAACGGACUUCUCCUCCUGCCACUGAUGAAAUCGGCCCCGUCCAAUCCUAAUCCUCCAGUCUUGACCUUUGUGACCACCUUCGGCAUCUACCCCUCAUCCUUCACCCUGGGCAUGCCCAAGACCGGCUCCUACCUCAAGAAGCUGAGCAACAACAAGGAGGGUCUGGAGCAGACCCACCAGUACGGCCGCUCCAAGGCCCUCCUCCUCUACUUCAGCCGCGAGCUCGCCGCCCGCGUCUCGGCCGCCACCGCCUCGGGCAAGCUGGGCAAGGUGACCGUCAACAGCGCCGACCCCGGCUCCGCGUGGACAGGCCUCACCAACCCAACCGGCCAGAACAUCAUCUCGAAGCUCAUCAUGGACUUUGGUGCCAGAGCGCCCGAGAUUUGCGCUGUCGCGUUGACCAAUGGAGUUUCCGUCUCUGCGGAUGGGCACGGGAAGAUCCAGCAGGAUUUCGAUACUACAACAUAUCCUCCUUUCAUGCUGAGGAAGAGCGGCCAGGUCACCCAACAGCGUGUUUGGGACGAGGCCAAGGCUGAGUUCGAGAGCAAGGCCCCCGAAGUCAAGGCCGUCUAUGAGGUUCUG